AUGCUCGAUGAUGAGGGUCUGCGGGUUUGGGCCGUCUUUUACCACCAGACACUGCUGUCAGAAGAGUUAUACCAUGCUGGACUCCAAUUGGUUGACACCGAUAGCCAAGCGCGAAUCAAACGGUUCUAUCAACGCGACGAUGCUUGUCGUACCUUGAUUGGGCGUUUGCUCAUCCGAGCGGUGUUUCGCGAACGAGGGACGUCUCUCGAAGAUAUCAAGAUUGAAACCACACAAGCGGGCAAGCCUUAUAUUGUUGCUCCUGAACUGAAUCCCCCCAUCGGUUUCAAUAUUACGCAUGACAACGCUCUAAUUGCAAUGGCGUUUGCCCCUGGUGUACACAAUGGCCCAGCAUUCAAUGUUGGGAUCGAUGUCAUGAAAGUACGAUUGCCGAGCCAAGAAACAUUGUCUUCAUUUCUGCAGAUUUUUGGGGAACAGUUAACUCCACACGAGUAUAAUCUCGUGUUUUCGGCUGGAUCACAAGAAGAGGGACUGCGUCAUUUCUUUUGGAUGUGGACCUUUAAGGAAGCUUAUACCAAAGCACUCGGGCUAGGCCUUGGAUUCGAUUUCAAGCGAGUGGAAUUUGAUUCCCUUCAUAACGUUGUCCUCGUGGACGGAAAGUUGCCGAAAGGAUGGCGAUUUUACAUGUUCGUACUCAACGAUGGUGACGAUCUAUAUCAAGGAGUUGUUGCGCAGUAUGCUGGCGGGAUCUCCACACAAGUUAUACCAGCAAGCCCUCAUCAGGAUUGGUUGGUGACACUUGAUGCGGCCUCAUUUGUAAGGCAAGCGGUUGAUUGA